GUUCCGAGAGGGCGGGCCGGCAUCCUAAACGGAAGGUGGUAGUCGCUGCCCGAGCUGGUUUGAAACUGGUGGUCGGGCCCAGCCGAGUGUGUGUGUGUGUAGCUGAGGACCCGCUGGAGGGCUAGGCCGUUCUUGACCGCCCCGGCCCCGCCUCCCCUCGGACCCGCGGACCGAAGCCCGGCUCCCCGCCUGUCUUGUGCCCCAGCCCGCUGCCUCUCCGGCCGGCUCUGCGGCCCAGCCGCCACCAUGUCCCUGCACGGCAAACGGAAGGAGAUCUACAAAUAUGAAGCGCCCUGGACUGUGUACGCCAUGAACUGGAGCGUGCGACCGGACAAGCGCUUUCGCCUGGCGCUGGGCAGCUUCGUGGAGGAGUACAACAACAAGGUUCAGCUUGUUGGUUUAGAUGAGGAAAGUUCAGAGUUCAUUUGCCGAAACACCUUUGACCACCCGUACCCUACCACAAAGCUCAUGUGGAUUCCUGACACAAAAGGCGUCUAUCCAGACCUUCUGGCAACAAGUGGCGACUAUCUCCGUGUGUGGAGGGUUGGUGAAACAGAGACCAGGCUGGAGUGCUUGCUAAAUAAUAACAAGAACUCAGAUUUCUGUGCUCCCCUGACCUCCUUUGACUGGAACGAGGUGGAUCCUUAUCUUCUAGGUACCUCAAGCAUUGACACGACAUGCACCAUCUGGGGACUAGAGACUGGGCAGGUGCUGGGACGAGUGAAUCUGGUGUCUGGCCAUGUGAAGACCCAGCUAAUUGCCCAUGACAAAGAGGUCUACGAUAUCGCAUUCAGCCGAGCUGGAGGUGGCAGGGACAUGUUUGCCUCUGUGGGUGCUGAUGGUUCUGUGCGAAUGUUUGACCUCCGCCAUCUGGAACACAGCACCAUCAUUUAUGAAGACCCACAGCACCACCCCCUGCUUCGCCUCUGCUGGAACAAGCAGGACCCUAACUACCUGGCCACCAUGGCCAUGGAUGGAAUGGAGGUGGUGAUUCUGGAUGUUCGAGUUCCCUGCACACCGGUUGCUAGGCUAAACAACCACCGAGCAUGCGUCAAUGGUAUUGCCUGGGCCCCACACUCGUCCUGCCACAUCUGCACUGCAGCGGAUGACCAUCAGGCCCUCAUCUGGGACAUCCAGCAGAUGCCUCGGGCCAUUGAGGACCCAAUCUUGGCCUACACAGCUGAGGGAGAGAUCAACAAUGUGCAGUGGGCCUCCACUCAGCCUGACUGGAUCGCCAUUUGCUACAACAACUGCCUGGAGAUACUGCGUGUGUAGUGUGAUGGCACCUCACCUACCAGGCAGGGGCUGGUGUGUUUCAGUCUCUGCCCCCUUCCCUCCCCAUGUAAGAAGAACAUGUUUCCAGUGGCCAGUAUGUCUAUUGUUGCUUUACACCCACUGUGUUCAGAGCUGCUGUAGAAGUCCAGGCCAGUUACCCCGCUGUCUGUGUGGACUGUGCUGUGUGUCGCCACCGCAGCCCAGGGCUGGGUCUUAAAGGUUCACGCCUUUCCUCUUCUUUGCUUCUUCAAUUAAACGUUCCUGUAUAUUUGUUUGUCAGCAGUUGUGUUCAUGAACAGUACAAGCACUGGCUCUGUCUCUGUCCAUUUGCCCCAUGUCUGUCUGUCUGCUGCUGAGGCAGUUGUCUGUCUCGUGUCCCCAUCUGUGUCGUGCUAGCACUUAAGUGGGAACAAAGGCCAACUUGAGAUUGUCUUUCCUCCUGGCACCAUUGUCUUUUAACAAACCUCAACUUUGUAUGUUUUUUAUCUAUCAGGCUAGUUUUUUUAUGAAAAGAAUUUAACCUUCUUGGUUUCUUGAUUUCACAGGUUUCCCUCUUUGUACCGUCCUCUCUUCCCUCAGUGCCUGCAGUAGGUACUGGACCCUAGACCCCAUGAGCAGUUUGCUUUCCUGAGUCACUGCCUGCAGGGCACACCCCUGACCAGGAGUUGACAACUGCACUGGUGCUCUAAAGUCUACUGACUCACCAACCUUUUCUCAGCCUGGGUCUCCUAAAGGCCCUCAAAGGCCCCAGGAGAGCAAGAAGCUUCUGUUCUACCCUCAAGUUCCUUUCUCUGGCUUCACUAAUUGAGUACCCUGUGAGGCUGAGAUAAGCAGUUGACUAGGGGCCAUGCUGAGGGAGAAUCGUUUUCAGGAAAGCUGAACUUAUAUUGUGUUUCCAGUACCUGGUUUCAGAAUCUAUUUUUUCAGUUUAGAACUUGAACAAUAGGCAAGAGAGAGCUCUAAGCUAAGCUUCUGUGUUUCUGUUUGUUGAGUUUCCUCUACCUGGUGGGAUACUGGCCCAUUUUUGGAUUGAGUGCUCUAAAUAAGAGAUUUCCUAAGAGGUACCGUCUGUGCUUGACCCUGAACAAGAUCUUUAGAUAGACAGGCAGUUCUCAUAAAUGAUGAACUAGUCAGCUGUGGUGGACCCAGGGUCAACCGUCUAAGAUUCUCCACACCUGUGGCACUUGCCCUCACCUCAGUUAAGGUUAUGAACAGUAUUGGACUUUGUAGGCUGCAGUUGGCCAUGCUGACUUACAGGCCUCUGGUGUCUGUUUCCGUUACAUGUAUGGCUUUCACAGAGGGGACUUAUAUGUGGUUCUGGCUUUAGAUGAGUCCCUGGCAGAGUCUGGAGCAUGGUUUAGGAGAGUGUGCCUGGCUUAUAUUCUGCUGAGCUGCUUGUAGGUUUCUCAGACGCUCCGGUAUGAGGAGAGUGGCAAGCCUGAAAGCUAAUGGAUGGUUUUGCCAUUGCUGGAGAAGUAAAUGUUGACUGAUUCUUCUGGGAACAUGGACUCUCUGGCUGAGUCUUUGCUUUUUUUCCACAGCUGAUAUAGUUGAUUGCCAAAAGUUGUAGAUUUAGCUUCAUUACAUAGGGACUUGCCCCAAAGGAAAGCCCUUUUCAGUCAGAGUAUUUCUCCUUGGCCUUCCUAAUCUGUCAUUCUGGUCUCUCUCUGGCCAAAUGCUUGAGGUUAAUGUUCCUGCUCUAACCUGUGGCUUGCCCUGUAUCAGUUUGUGGUUACCUCUACUCUUAGUGGCAUUCGCUAGCUAGGUAAAGACUCCUCAAGGGUAGCAGGCUCGCUGAUGGAUGCUGCUGUAGGAGCCCUCAAUUUCUUCCUGGGCCGAGUCUACAGUAGAAGUCAGGGUGGCCACAGGGCAUGUGGGGAGCACCUGUGCUGGGGAGCACCUUUGUUAUAGGUGGGGUUUAACUUGGGCUGAAUGAUGAGAUUUGUCAACUGGAACUUGAAAACAAAGUUUUAAAAGGUUAGCAGGAGUUAUUAGAAUACAUUUGUAUGAGGUAGCUAUAUGCUUUAGAAACCAACCACUUGUGAUGAUUUUUCCCUUGGACUCUUGUCAGCUUUCGUCAGUCUUCUCUUCUGCCCUCCAUCUGGAUUAGGUGAGACUCUUGCUGACUCCAUCUCCAAGUAUACAUGCACCCACAGCUGCAGGGUUGCUGGCAUUUGAAGUGCCAGCUAUCUCACCCUCUCUCUAUAGUAUGCACAGAUGGCCCCUGAAGCUGAGGAAGAGGUGUCUGUAGCCCUGAGAUGCAGAAAGUCCAUAAGUCUCUCUUCCCUGAAGCACAGUGCUAUUAAAGUUUCAAAGCCAGUCUCUGUUAAUAUUUGCCAGUUCUUAGACUGACAGUGAGGUGGGUCAGAUCUCCAGAUCUAGGCUCCAGGUUCUGGUCUGGUCACAGUGCUAUUUUGCUGUGGUUUUGGCAAGCUAAGCUAGAGGCUCCGGCCUGUGGUUUCUGUGUCUGCUGUAUGGAAGGCUGCAUGAUCAGUCAGACUAGCAGAGAACUGAACUGGUGAGUGGUCUGAGGCUUUCAUGGGCUUGCACUUUUCCCACUGGAGACUGAUCUUUCUCCUAGACCUGCAAGGCUAGAGCUUGAGGAAGCGUGACACAUGACAGGUGGGUGGGGACUUCCUAUCAAAAUCAGAAUUAGGUCAGAUAACUGGCGACAGCUCAGGAAGAACAGAAAAAAGGCAGAAUCCUAUAGUGUUUUGAUGGUUGUUAUAACUAAAAUUUGAUAUUUUCGGGUAGAGUAGAAGGAAAUACUAGAGAACACAAAGAAUCUGAGGGGAGAAACAUUCAGAUUGUCUCAUAGCUGUGGAGUAAACCUGUGCCUCACCCUAGGUUGCACCAUUAAUGAAGCUUCUGUGUCACUGGGUACCAGGAGAGUGACAGCUAGGGGCAGAGCCCCUUUCUUGCAGCAGGGCUGCUAUAAGCAAUGUCUGGUGGUUAAAUUCUAGGUAUCGGACACAGUCCAUGAUAACACUGUUUUGUUUCAUUUGUUUGAGACAGGUUCUUUAACUGUAGACUAGGCUGUCCUUGAACUGAGGGCCCUCUUACUCCAGCCUCCCCGAGUGCUGGGAUUAACAGGCAUGUGCCCCUAGCAUCCACGGUUCUUCAUCCAGAUCCACUUCUCCCUGUAUCUUCUCUAACCUUUUCAUCUUUCUGCUUUGUGUGUGUGGUGAUGGGGAUCAAGCGCAGGCCCUCACAUGCUAGGCGAGUGUUCUACCACUGAACCACACCCUCUAGCCCCUUCCUUUUCAUCUUUCUUAUUGUCUUUCUACUGUAGAAUGUUCUCCCUGAUGCACCCUGGGCCCUAGAUUCCUAGGUCAUAGAAAAUGUAGAGCUCUGGGGUUUACCAAACACGGUGGGCAGUCCAAAACUGUGCCCUACUUUCCCAUUGUGAAAAUGUGGCAGUUCCUUUGAUUGCCUGGCUUAGGCUAGAGUACCAUUGCAGUAGAGGCCUCAAAACACGUUUUCUUUAGAGCCUGCUCACAGGAUGAGGAAUGCGGAGCCUAUUGAGCAUUUGGGUUUUCUGAGAGGAGAGCUGAUCUGAGCAGUUACAAUGAACCCUGAGCCAGGGUUUCCCAAGAGUUGUCCUCUCUGCUCCAGUGAGGCAGCAGCUGAGUGUCUAAUGUCUCUGAUCUUGUUCACCUCACGCCAUCUAUGUUCUCUCUUUCUUCCAUACUGUCAUUGCUGCUAAUGGUCAGAGUCAAGCAUGUGGCAUUACAGAAUGAGCAGGUCUUCUUGGGUUGUUAUCUGGAUGUCACUUUUUAAAUGUGGAAACAUGCAGAUGCCUUCUCCAAGAGGCUUAGACUAAUGUGUCAGCCAGAAACAAUAAGCUAAGAGAAGCUUGAACUCCAGAAGAAAGAUGUUGACAGUCUGUAUGACAGCUGGAAAAUGUACAAGCACCCGCCUUUGAGAGAACUCAGUGAAGCCGGACUGUGCUAUCUACUAUUUGAAAGAAAUGUUCUCGCCUUGGGCUGAUUGUGAUGUACAAUGUGUUAUGAAAAUUGUUGAGCUGAAGCUUUAGUCAAAUAUGAGUCACUUGCUUUGAUGCUGUGUAUUUUAUGAUCCCUCUGUCAGUGACUUUCCCUUGCCUCACCCUGAGUGUGAAUUAUAGCAUGAUUGUAUAAACCUCUGUGUAGAAAAUGGAGAUUUCAUGUUCUACAAAAUGUUAAGCUCUAAUGGAUCUAUUUCUGUGCUCUCUACAGCCUCAUGUGUAUGACCUUACUUUCUUAUAUAUUUAAUCUUUCCUUCUGUUCUAAAGCUUUUGUGGCAUCCCUUGUUCAGGUGGAGAGGAAGCUGUCCCUUUGCAGAACUGUACUGUAACCAUUUCUUCUUUAUAAAUAUUAUUUUCACAGGGCUGAUUGUAUACAGGGCUUGUAAUAAAAUUUUAACACUGUGUUGUGAACGAGCUGCGGUUUCUCCACUGGAGGCGACUUCAGAAGCACCUGAGGGUGGAGUGUUCCUUCUGUGACCUUACUUCCUAGUAUGUGAAGUCUAAUCUCACAGUUUUGUUCUGUUUCAGCCUCCUGUAUAAGAAGUACCAUAUUUUCUGCCCAUCAUACUUUGUAAUAAAACUUGAACAUGUAUAGAUUGAA